AUGAAGCAGGAAUUGAGUUCCAUCUCCCAGAACCUUGAAUACACUUCAGAAAAAUUGGACGAGGUUUUAGAGGGCAUGGAAGCGAUCAAAACAACCAUAAAAGACCUCAAGAAGAAAAACGAAGAGCUGACUAAUAAGUGCAACAACAUGCAGACAAGAGUUGGAGCCUUAGAACAGAGAAUGCACCAAAUGGAACAAGAAAGAUUAUUUAAAACCAUAGAUGUGUAUAAUCUCCCUAUAGAUGACCGAACUGCAGCCCAAAAGGCUGUACACACACUAGCCGAAAAACUACAAUUACAGGGUAACGAUGUAACAGACUUAAAAUGCUUCCCCGCAACAAAAGAUCGGGCAGGUAAAAUACAAAUUGUUUUGGAGAAAGAAUCAGUGCAAACGCAGUGGUUACAGAAAGCGAAAACUACGAAAAUAACAGUAGCUGAUGUCAUACCAACGGCAACGGAGCACAUAGCAAAAGAGACCGUUUACAUAAGUGAAUCAUUGACUCCCUUUAAUAAAGUUCUGUUACGAAACGCAGGAAGCAGCUCAAAGAAACUGGAAUGUAUAAAUAUGUCUGGUGUAAAAGAGGAAUAAUCAGGGCUAGGAAGGUCGACAGUGCGCCGGCUACCAUCAUCCGAACAGAAGACGACAUCAAAUUGUUACUUAAAAAAUGAGUCUGUAUAUCGCUCCUUCUCUUACUUAACUAAUAAUGACACAUUAUUUAUAGUUUAAAAAUGUCGAUUAUAUUAGAUGAUAUAAACGAAUUUACUGAUUGUGCUAACUUAAAUUCAUUCAUUUCAAAGUGGUAUACUGUAGAUAAACCUACAUUAUUUUGCAUGCAUAUUAAUAUACGGUCUAUGA